CUCAUAAUCCCACAGAUCCAACUCCAAAUAAAUUAAAUAUAUAAAUAAAAUAAAUUGAACUCUUACCCGGGGUUUCUUUUACAAAUUUAUUUAUUUAAUUUAUUUGGAAAAUAACAAAUCAUUAGUAAUAAAUGAGGAUGUCUAAAAAUGUCAAAGUGUUGGUCUCUCUAGUUCUUGUAGUGUUAUUGGCUCUUGCAGCAACCAAUAUUGAGGCAAGAUACAUAAAUUAUCGCGAUCUUCGUAGUGGAGAUCACAGUUUGGCUUGCGAUACGGCGAAUUCUAGCACCUGCACGAAGCAAGAAGUCAAUCGUUACCAAAGAGGAUGCGAGUCGGCCGAUCGGUGCCGUGAAUCUCGUUAAUUUAUACAGAUGAUAACCGAAGAGCAUAUUCAUGUAUCAAAUUAGUUUCCUAAUUACUAUAAUAGAUUGACAGGCUUCUAACUUGGAGAACAAAUCUUGAGGUAUUCUGGCCCCACAUAAGUGAUCCAGACUAGUCACGUGUUGCCACGUGUCGGUUCUCUGUCCCUGGCGGUUCUCUGUCCCUGGCGAUGCCGAAAUGUUAAUUCCCCAGUGGUCGAAAUUCGGAAAAAACUUCUCUAUUGAUAAUACAUGUAUUUUGCAUAAAUAUAUUGCAUGCAGUUAUACUUCUCUAUUGAUAAUACAUGUAUUUUGCACUAGUA